CAUCCUUUUCAAGCAUAAAAAUGUGCAGUAUAAAUAGCAGGAAAGACUCGAUUGAUGCUAUAGUCUGGGAACAUAAUUCAACUUCAAUAUUUUUUACUUUUUACUGUUCCCCCAUAAUUAAAAAUGAAUGGCGAGAAUUUAAAAAGGCACAAAACUUCAUUUUCCAUGAUGUAAUCUUACACAACUGUUAUAUUUUUGAAUCUUCAGUUAACUAUUUUAAAAAUGAUUAAUUUUGAAUUUAUUUGUUUAUUGGUCAUAAUAAUACUACAACACUACAAUACUACAAUACUACAAUACUACAAUACUACAAUACUACAAUACUACAAUACUACAAUACUACAAUACUACAAUACUACAAUACUACAAUACUACAAUACUACAAUACUACAAUACUACAAUACUACAAUACUACAAUACUACAAUACUACAAUACUACAAUACUACAAUACUACAAUACUACAAUACUACAAUACUACAAUACUACAAUACUACAAUACUACAAUACUACAAUACUACAAUACUACAAUACUACAAUACUACAAUACUACAAUACUACAAUACUACAAUACUACAAUACUACAAUACUACAAUACUACAAUACUACAAUACUACAAUACUACAAUACUACAAUACUACAAUACUACAAUACUACAUACUACAAUACUACAAUACUACAAUACUACAAUACUACAAUACUACAAUACUACAAUACUACAAUACUACAAUACUACAAUACUACAAUACUACAAUACUACAAUACUACAAUACUACAAUACUACAAUACUACAAUACUACAAUACUACAAUACUACAAUACUACAAUACUACAAUACUACAAUACUACAAUACUACAAUACUACAAUACUACAAUACUACAAUACUACAAUACUACAAUACUACAAUACUACAAUACUACAAUACUACAAUACUACAAUACUACAAUACUACAAUACUACAAUACUACAAUACUACAAUACUACAAUACUACAAUACUACAAUACUACAAUACUACAAUACUACAAUACUACAAUACUACAAUACUACAAUACUACAAUACUACAAUACUACAAUACUACAAUACUACAAUACUACAAUACUACAAUACUACAAUACUACAAUACUACAAUACUACAAUAGUACAAUACUAUAA